AUGAAUAAUAAUAAUAAUCAAAAUAAUAACCAAAAUAAUAACCAAAAUAAUAUUAUCCAUAAUAAUAAUCAUAAUUUAAUUUCAAAUAUUAGCCAAAAUAGUAUUAGCCAUAAUAAUAAUAAUAAUAAUAACCAUAAUAUAAAUAGUAAUCAAAAUAAUCAAAAUAUUAAUAAUAUAAUAGGUAAUAAUAAUAAUAAUAAUAGUUUAAAUUCAAAUAAUAUUCCAAGUAAUUUAAGCAUUAUAAGUAAUAAUAAUAAUAAUAAUAAUAAUAAUAAUAAUAAUCAAAAUAAUCAAAAUAAUCAAAAUAAUAGUAAUAAUCAAAAUAAUAAUAAUAAUCAAAAUAAUAAUAAUAAUAAUUUAAAUUCAAAUAAAGGUCAACCAAUUGUAAAUAAUAAUGGACAAAUUUUAUAUGAAUGUGAUUGCCAUUUAUGUCAACGUGGUCCGCCAUUAUUAACGGUCAAAUUCUAUAAGACUGGAUUAUGGAAGAGAAAGUUAGAGAUUUGUUUAUGGGUGGUAUUAAUGAGACAACUUAAAGAGGAAUCAAUUAAUGAAAUUGAAACAGGAACCUAUGAUGAAACAACCGAUGUAAUCAACGUUAACAAUGUCAAUGGAAAUAAUAUUAUAACCACGCCAAUCGGUCAGAAUAGUGAAUAUAAAUAUAAGGAGAUGAAGAAUUUCGUUCACACCAGUGUGAUCGCCGAAUUUGUAGAGACACAUCAUCAUCUCCUCGAAUUGACAUCCCAAAUUGAAGGCGAAGAAGAAUGGAGACACUCUGUAAUCAAAGCAUUAUCAAAUCAUAAAGAUACCUUUAAAUCCGGUUUACAUUCCCCAUUUGGUAAGAGAGGAUUUUGGUCAUUACAAGAACACCAUUUAAGUGAUCCUUGGGAUGAUUCCGAUAAUAGUGAUGAUGAAGAGGAUCAAAAUAACAACAACAAUAGUAAUUUAAAUUUAAACGAUGGUGGUAGUAAUGGUAAUAGUGAAGAAAAAGAAAAGAAACAACCAGUUCCACACCAUCCAGUUAGAACUCCAAUCAAUAGGUCAACCCAUAGAUGUGGUGUAGUUGACAAACUUAAUGGAAAUAAACCUUGUCAUCGUAUUGGUUUUUGUAGAGAUCAUUAUACAAUCACUUUAAAGAAAUUAAAAGUCCCAAAAAAAAGUAAAAAAAUUAAAAUUGUAAAUCAUUAUAAUAGUAGUUUAAAUAAUAAUAAUAGUAACAGUAUGAAUAAUAAUAAUAAUAAUAACAAUAAUAUGAAUAAUAAUAAUAAUAAUAACAUGAAUAAUAAUAAUAAUAAUAAUAAUAUGAAUAACAAUAGUAAUAGUAAUAAUAACAAUAAUAACAACAAUAAUAAUAAUAUGAAUAAUAUGAAUAAUAAUAGUCCAAACAACCUUUUUAGUAAUAAUAUGGUCGCCACUAAUUAUGGUUAUAAUAAUAACAAUAAUAAUAAUAAUAAUAAUAACAAUAACAAUAAUAAUAAUAAUAAUAAUAAUAAUAAUAAUAGUAAUAAUAAUAACUAUAAUAAUAGUAAUAAUAGUAAUAAUAAUAAUAAUAAUAGUAAUAAUUAUAAUAAUAGUAAUAAUGGUAAUAAAUAUCUUAAUGGUAGUGGCGGUGGCGGUGGAAGUUGCGGAGGUAGUGUCUAUAAUAAUAGUAGUGACGAGUAUGAUGAUUAUGAGGAAGAGUAUGACGAAGUUGAAGAGAUUAAUUCCGAUCAUGAAAGUAAUAUGUCCAUGAGUGCCAGUUCUAAUAAUGGAAAUGGGGCAGGAAUGGAUAGUAGUUUUAAUAUAAAGAGAUCUUCCUCAUCUUCAUUGUCAACAUCACCAUUACCAUUAAGUAGUCCAUCACUUCCAUUUAGUGGAAAAAGAAAUUAUUUAUCUCAACUUGUACAACCAAAUCCUGCAUCAUCAUCAUCAUCAUCAUCAUCAUCAUCAUCAUCAUCAUCAUCAUCAUCAUCAUCAUCAUCAUCAUCAUCAUCAUCAUCAUCAUCAUCAUCAUCAUCAAAUUCCUCUUCUUCUUCUUCUUCUUCUUCCUCAACCAACCUUUCAUCAUCACCAUCCUCUUCAACUACAAUCCCAACUUUAUCACCACCAAAUAAUAAUAAUAAUAAUAAUAAUAAUAAUAAUAACAAUAAUAAUAACAACAAUAAUAGCAAUAUUACCACAACUACAAUCUCAUCAACUUCAUCAUGUUCAUCAUCAGCGAUUUCAUCAUCAAUUUCGUCACCAAUUACACCAUCAUCAGCGAUUUCAUCUUCAUCAAUAUCCUCAUCAUCAUCAUCUCCAUCUUCUUCAUCUUCAUCAUUUCAUACUCAACCACAGCCAUUCCAAAUUAAAACACAACAACACCCAUUCCAAUUACAACAUCAUAAUAAUAAUAAUAAUAAUCAACAACAACAACAACAACAACAACAACAACAACAACAACAACAACAACAACACUACCAAUCAUCUUCACAUCAUAUUAAUAAUCAUCAUAAUAAUUUCCAUCAACAUCAAAGCUAUAGUAUUCAACCACUUAGAACUUCAUUACAAGUAAUAAAUGGUAAUUUUAAUAAUAUCUCUGAUUUUGAAAAAGAUAUCUUACAAAACUUCAAUUUCUAUUCAAUUAUCAAUCAUUUAGAUAGUCAAAAGAAUGCAUGUUUGGAUUUAUAUAAAUUGAGUAGAGAAUAUGUUAGAUUCAUUAUUUUAAAAAUAAUAGAUUCCGAUACAAAUAAUCAUGAAUCUGGUUCUGGAUAUAAUGUUAAAUUAUUACCAAGUCCAUUAAUUGAUUUAUUUUGGAGAACUCAUAUAUUAUUUACAAGCUCAUAUAGACAAUUUUUACAAUUAAUUGAUGUCAAGAUUGGUUAUGAGCCAAAUUCUGAUUCUCAAGAAGAUCGAAAACAAAAGUAUGAAAGAACACUCGACUUGUAUAAGUCUCAUUUUCCACCAAUUCAACCAAAAUCAAUAGAAAGAGAAAUUUGGGCAUUGGAAUUGUAA